AUGCUGGCACCACCGACGACGAAGAAGGAGGGCUCGCAGCAGCAGCGGCAAGAUGGCGACGAAGGCGAGGAGGGCGAAGCGAAGAAGGACUCGCUGGCGGGCCGGAUCUACGGCGAGAAGCAACUGCAGGCCUUUGUGAACUACUGGGGCAUCGUACACCCGGAGUUUGUACCGCACGGUGAGUCGCUGCUCUCCUACUUGCAGGAAAACAUUUUGGUCACCGGCCACGAUGACGACAUCGAGCUGAGCGGGGUUAAGGGUGACGACGACAAUGGCCCCAGCGGGUGGGCGCAGGCCAAAGGCGCGGUGGCCGCGGCCAGUUCGCUCACCAUCCAGGCCGACAAGCAGACCGUUUCCUACUGGCCCGUGGGGAGUACGAUCAGCGCCAGGCCCCUGGCGAGUGCCACUACCACGACGGCGACGACAGCGACGGGCGUCGCCGAUGCCGGCUCUGCCGAGCUCAGCCUUGGCGCAAAGGAGGCCGCCUCUUCGCCGGUGAGCCACACCAGUCCCUGGCCCUAUUUCGAGAUCCUAAUCGUGAAUCGUGGCUACUACGGGUCGAUUGCAGUCGGUUUGGGUGCCAAGAACCAUCCUGCCACGGCCAAGCCCGGUUCUGUGCUCGGGUCGUACGGUUGGCACGGCGACGGGAACAAGUGGACCCACGGCAAGAGCUCCCUCUACCCGGCCAAUGCCGAGUCAUUCGACGAGGGGGACGACGGCUCCGAGUUGUACUUCAACACGGGCGACGUCAUCGGCUGUGGCUUCAACGACGUCACCUCGGAGGUCUUCUACACCAAGAACGGCCUUUUCCUCG